CAUGAAUACAUUCUGUACUAAAUUCUAAGCAUAGUAGUGUGGAUUGUGGCUAGUGGAAUUCGCGUUUUUGCUGUAGGUCUGCUAUUUUUCAACGAAUAAGUGUAAUACGCGCAACGUGAAAACAUUUAAAAUAUUUUUUACCUUGUAAAAAUUGCUAUAUUGAUUAGAUUAUCGAUAUUCCCACAAAAGAAACAGAUCUUGUAAGGAAGAAAAUUGAAGAUAAGCUUAAUAUCAAGCUUAAUAUCAAAUACAGUUUACAGGUUAUUCAAUUUUAAAAAGUGAGUUUGUAGACAAAAGUAACAAUUACGUUAGCAAAACGGCACCACAAAAAAAAUCGAAGAAAAUGGCGGAAACGGAAGAAUUAGAGAAAUUGAAAAAAAUUUUAAUGCAGGCUCCGAUGAGACUCUAAAACAUGUGGCCUUUACGAUCUCAGUCCUGGACAGUUGAACUACGAUGUGACUCUGUUGUUUAGGAAUGAUGAACAAAACGUUACACAAACACUACAUACUUCUUGAGUUUUCCUUAGUGAAAUAGCCUCUCUAUCAGUGUUGGAAUAUGGUGUUAAGUUUUCGAGUAUCUGAACUGCAGAUGCUAUUGGGAUUCGCUGGGCGAAACAAGUCAGGCCGCAAAAAUGAAUUACAAACCCGUGCCUUGGAACUUUUGAGACUAAGAUCACAUCCAGUUCAACUAAAAAUACGAGAACUUUAUAAAACGAUACAAACUGAUCAACUUACUGCCCAUCAAACGUAUAUACAAAGUGGUGGCACAACUGAAAAUACAGCAGACCAAAAUAUGCAUUCCCGCAAUUAUUACACUAGACAAGGUCAUGCUCAAGCUAUGGGUCAACAACAACAAGCUUCAGUGCCAACGGGUAAGGAAUUGCCUCCUGCACAUCAAGCAUCUUUACCACAGUCGCAAGUUGCUGCCAGAUCAAAUCCUGUAUAUCAACCGACAGGCUACACGAAUGUAACACCACAGCAACGCACAACAGGAUCAGUGUAUCCAUAUCCAUAUCCACCAAAAGUAUUACCAAUACAAUCAUCUUUACAAAUGCAGCAACCAAACCAAUAUCCUGUACAUCCAGAUGUAAAGUUUAAGAAAUUGCCGUUCUUUGAUCUUCUUGGAGAAUUAUUGAAGCCUUCUAGUUUGACGCCACAAGGGGCGAUGAGGAUGCAGGAAAAUUCAUUUAUGUUUCACUUAACUCCGCAACAAUCAACUGAUAUAGCUAGUUCACGCGAUUGUCGCCAGGGUAGUAAAAUGGAUUACAUAGUACAGGUUCAAAUGCGUUUUUGCUUGCAAGAGACAUCGUGUGAACAAGAAGAUUAUUUCCCGCCUAAUAUAGCCGUAAAAGUAAACGGAAAAAUAUGCCCUUUACCGAAUCCGAUACCUACGAAUAAACCAGGAGUUGAACCAAAAAGGCCUCCUAGGCCAGUUAAUAUUAGUCCUUUAGUAAAAUUGUCGCCUACUGUAGGCAAUCAAAUUCACGUCACAUGGUCUGCCGACUAUGGAAGGAGAUACGCAAUUGCUGUUUACCUUGUUAAGAAAUUGUCCAGCUCAGAAUUGUUGGCGAGGCUAAAAAAUCGAGGUGCUAAACACUCUGAUUACACCCGAGGACUAAUUAAAGAAAAGUUGAACGAAGAUGCAGACAGUGAAAUAGCGACCACAUCUCUGAGAGUAUCAUUGGCUUGCCCUCUAGGAAAAAUGAGAAUGAGCACGCCUUGCCGAGCUUCAACGUGUUCACAUUUACAGUGCUUUGAUGCCUCAUUAUUCCUGUUAAUGAAUGAACGAAAACCAACUUGGAGUUGUCCUGUUUGCGAUAAGGCAGCCUUAUACGAUAAUCUCGUCAUCGACGGUUACUUCCAAGAAGUUCUUAAUUCUAACAAACUUUUGUCAGAUGUUAAUGAGAUACAGUUACUUCAAGAUGGUUCGUGGGAAAAUCUGGUACCGAAAAAAGAAAAAGAUAAAGAUAAGGGUGAUAAAAUUGACAUCAGCGCCAAACAAAAAAUCGACGUUGAUACUGUAGAUUUAGAUGAAACGAAUCCUUCAACGCCAACACCAAGGGAAAAGAAACGUGCUGUUGUAAUUGAUUUAAUAUCUGACAGUGACGAUGAAGAAGCCGAUUCUAAUCCUACCCAGAGUUCCAAUAAAAAGAUUCUCUCAACUUCACCACAAAAGAACCAAUCAACUAUUCAUGGCGCAAUUAGCAGCACCAGUGAAUCUCCUGAACUUAUGAUCAUAGACCUAGAGUAAGGCGCAGAACACAAUUUAACGACCGACUUGCGGAUACUAUUCGUACUUGUGCAUCAUAAUUUUUUUUAAAUCAAGAUCAUAUUAGUUUUAUCAGAGACACAGUUUUUGUAAUAAAUGAUUCAAAAGUAAAAUCUAGUGCUGACCGAUUUCGAAAAAAUUGUUCCUGUUUUUUCCAUACUGAAUAAGCUGCGACUGAAAGUUUUUGAAUUAUUGUUUAUCCUUAAAGGAAAAGGUAUGUUUCGAAUAGCACUAAAAUAUCUUAGCUUAAUGGAUUGGGAGUGAUUCGGGAAAUAUGUCAGAUGAUAAAUGUUACAUUAUGAUGAUAUAUAUUGGAAUGGCGAAGAUAUUCCAAAAAUAUUCGUUAUCGAAAAAAUCCACCACUGUAACGGUUUAUUUUGGCAGAAUCAAGUAGAAUUAGCAUUUGAAUGUUCUGCACGUUUGUUAGACACAUAUACAUGUUUCUUUGAUGCCUUAGUCUCCUUGCGCUUUCCAAGAAGAAACAAUGCAUUUCAUGUUUACCCUUAUAUAUUUUAAUUUAAUUUAUUUACUUCAGUAAAUUUCUUAGUAUUUUACUCUUGAAAGCAUACCUUUUUUUGUUUAUAGUUGUUCGAUGAAACUUGGUAUACAGAGGUUUUUGUGGUCUACCAUUACGAAUCCGCCGUUUGAUUUUUAAAGCUAGAAAUUGCUGGGCUAAUAAAGCGGAUAAAAAUUCGGUAUUAUCUUUUGAAACCGCUAUUUUGGAACCAUAUCCUAACUACAUCUUGAAUAUGAUCAGUACCAUGGAGUGGGAUAUUCCUGAUCCUGACAUAUGCAAUGUUUCCUUUACUAAUCCCAGAAAAGGAUAUAAGGUAGAAUAAAUCUUAAUAUUUAUUCUCAUUGAAUUUUUAAAAUCUGGCAACAGAUUCAAAACGAGCAAACAAAAAAAUGUAAUAAAAAAUGGAAUACUAGCAUGCAUGUUUUAAGUGACUAUCAUAAAGACAAUAUUAAACGUUUAGAUACCUAAUGGUAAAAAAAA